AUGCAUAAGAUAGAUAGUGUUACUUGGAAAUUGGGUCUUUUGAUCUCAUCAACACUGAUCUAUGCAUUGAUUGAGAUGAUUGUUGGAGCAAUCUUUUAUUCAACAACCCUGAUAGCUGAUGGAUAUCACAUGCUUGCUGAUGCAGCCUCACUAAUUGUUGCUCUUAUUGGUUAUAUCUUUGCUUCAAGACCCUGGUCAAAGUCAACGUUUGGUUGGGCGCGGAGUGAGAUUCUUGGCGCUUUAAUCAAUUCUCUUCUUUUGUUUAUUUUAACCGGUGAAAUCAUCGUACAUGCCAUCAAAUCUACCAUUGCACCUGUUAAGAUAGAAGAACCCAAAGUGGUUUUAGGUGUUGGUCUUGGUGGGUUACUCUUCAAUCUUAUUGGUUUCUGUGUUUUAAAUGAUAUCAACCCGGUUAAUAUUGUUAAGAGAUGUUUUUUUAACUUGAAAGAUGUUGAGCAGCAACCUAAGCUGUCCAAAUCAACGGAAAUGAAUCUCAGAGGAGCUGCUUUACAUCUUCUUGGUGAUUUGUCAGUGUCUAUUUUGGUGGUUAUAUCGACAACAGCAAAUUUACUCUUGGACUAUAGAUGGACUAUUUACAUUGACCCAGUGAUGGCUUUUAUUCCCGCUUUCUUUCUAAGCAUUUCAGCAUGGAAAUUACUUCGAGAGUCGGCCAUGAUUUUAUUGGAAGCAGUUCCUUCCCACAUCCAAAUUGAGUCAAUCACAAAGUGCAUCACCAGCAUGUCUAAAGUCCGUUCGGUUCAUGAAUUUCAUCUCUGGAGAUUGUCUGGUGAUGUAACUAUUGCUAGUUUACAUUGCGUGUUUGCCACGCCUGAUGAUUACAUCGGUUCAAUCAGAGACAUUAAACAUAUUCUAUGUCAAAAAGGAGUUCAUUCAGCAACAAUUCAACCUGAAUUUUCAUCAACUCCAUUUAACGUUAAUUACGACAGACCUUCUAAAUUGGAUCUAUACGUGAAAUAUUGUCAAGCAGUUUCUGAAAGCUGUGAUGGUCAAACUUGCUGUCCUGGCUUUGAUAGUCAAAAAUGA